AUGGCCGCGCCCAUCCGAUCCAGUCUAAGCCGUUCCGGCCGGACCUCUGUUGCCUCUAUUCGCAGUCUCUCCAAUGCUCGCCCGGCAAAGGCACAGGUUCAACCCGCCACUGUUAGAGAACAUAAACUCUCUCUUCCGCCUUCCGAUGCCACUCUUCUCGAGGAUUAUCUAAGGCGAGACGCCUUGUCGAGGACGUAUUUCGAUGCGACAGGCGUGCGAUGGGUCGGAUCUGGCGAUGACGGACCAAAGGACCCCAAUAAGGCAAAGCUGGGGAAAACUCUGCGAGUUUUGCAAGAACGAUUGCCAACGCUUUUACUACAUCCUCUUCCUCACGACAUUCUUGCGCCAAACAUCGCCCUCCAUCUUUUCCCUUCGACGCACCCUCACCUACCAACCGUCUCCGGCCGUGUCGCCUAUAACGCAGCCCUCUGGACCUCCCCGAUAGCAUGGAACCGCGUCCCCAUUCUCGGCAAUGUCUGUAUCGAGGUUCUCGCGGAGCGCAUGACAACGGAGCCCCUCACAUUCUUACCCCGCCGUGCUGGGGCAAUACCCGAGCAGCUCGUGGUCCGCUGGUGCGAGAAGCGAAAGGGUUCAGAUAGUUCUUCUGAUAGAGGAGUCAUCGCCCGGUCCCUGCCGUUCGGUCGGGGAGUCGACCCAGAUAAGGCAUUCACGGGACUGUUUGUCUUCGAUUUCGAUGCCGAGGGUCGGGUUCUAAGCCAUACUAUUGAGCAAGCACAAGCUGGUGGCGAUUGGGAAGCUGGAGUUGGUGCAAAGGUUGUCGGUCUGACUGACUGGCUCCUCGGAGGUUGUAAGAACCCCGGCACUCCUAUACCAAUGUUUGAGCGAGUGCGAAGACGACGAUCCAUCUAA